CGAGGAGAGCCAUGGUUACCGCGGCAACAGCAUCCGGGUUCCUCGCGCGGCGCGGGGGAACCUUCCGCGUCGUCUGGUAACCAUAGCAACAAGCGGCUUGCCGGGCCUGGUUGAGAAACUGAGGCGCCAUGGCGGAGGUGGCCGUGCGACCGCCUGCAUCCUUCCCAGCAUCCAAAGAACCUCCAAGAGCUCGCUCAGCAAGAGUGCCAGAACUGCGCAGUCUGGAGAGUAGGAAUUGGCUGAUCCACUUGUACUACAUUCGCAAAGACUAUGAUUCGUGUAAGAUUCUUAUAAAAGAGCAACUCCAAGAGACCCGUGGGAUAUGUGAAUAUGCAGUCUAUGUUCAAGCUUUGAUAUUUCGCUUGGAAGGGAAGAUUCACGAAUCACUUGAGCUUUUCCAAACUUGUGCUAUUCUUACGCCCCGGAGUGCAGACAACCUCAAGCAGGUGGCGCGAUCGCUGUUUCUUUUGGGAAAGCACAAAGCAGCCAUUGAAGUGUACAACGAUGCGGCCCAAUACAACGAGAAGGACUGGGAGAUCUGCCACAACUUGGGUGUCUGCUACAUGCACCUGAAGCAUUUCAACAAGGCAAAAGAUCAGCUGAAUAAUGCCCUGGAGCUCAACCGACAUGACCUGACAUACAUGAUGCUGGGGAAGAUCCACCUGUUGGAGGGGCAGACGGACAAAGCCAUUGAAGUCUAUAAGAAAGCAGUGGAGUUCUCUCCGGAAAACACAGAGCUCCUUACAACUCUGGGCUUGCUCUACCUGGAGCUCGAGGUUCAUCAGAAAGCCUUUGAGUAUCUUGGGAACGCACUCACGUAUGAUCCCAGCAACUAUAAGGCCAUCUUGGCAGCUGGCAGCAUGAUGCAGACACAUGGAGACUUUGACGUAGCCCUCACCAAGUACCGAGUGGUCGCUUGUGCUGUUCCUGAAAGCCCCCCGCUCUGGAACAAUAUUGGAAUGUGCUUCUUCGGCAAAAAGAAAUAUGUGGCGGCCAUCAGCUGCCUGAAACGAGCAAACUACCUUGCUCCCUUUGACUGGAAGAUUCUGUACAACCUUGGCCUCGUCCAUCUGACAAUGCAGCAGUAUGCCUCUGCGUUCCACUUCAUCAGCGCUGCCAUCCAUCUCCAGCCAAAGCUGGCAGAACUCUACAUGUUGUUAGCAGGUAGCACCACACACACCUGCCACCCUUGCCUGGUUACUACAAUGGAAAUUCUGUUUCUUAUUGAUGUUAGGGGAUGCUACCCUGGUUGAAAUCACUAGUAUAAAUUUAUGUGGUGUUUUAAGCAUUUGGUUUAUUUGAUACAGAUGAUAUCAUUUCUUCCCUUAAUAAUCCCAGUAGACAUUAUUCCUAUUAUACAGACUGGGAACUUAGUUCAAGAGACUGACUUGCCUACGGCUACCUCUUAUAGUCAUGACUAAAUGGGCAGUUCGAAUCCAGAUCUCCCAGGUUCACAUCCAACUUUCUGUUAAGUGAACUAAACUCGGGCUUGAAAUAAAAUCAGCUGCGAUGUAGGUGCAAAAGUACCAGAUCCAUGGGUAAGGAAGACGGAGGAUUCCAAUCCUUGGUUAGCAUUGAUCCUGAACGCAUGAAGCAGGUUUAUACUUAGACCAUUGGUCUAUGUAGCCCAGUAUUGCCUUUUCUGGUUGGUAGUAGCUUUCCAGUGUCUCAGCCAAUGGGUCUUUCCAAUACUUGAGAUCUUUAGCUGGGGAUGAAGAACCUCUGGCCCACCAGACAUUGUUGGACUACAACUCCCCUUAUCCCUCAGCCCUUGGCCAUUCUGAGUAGGGCAUAUGGAAGUCACAGUUCAGCAUCAUCCAGAGGGCCACAGGUUCCCCAUUUCUGCUUUAACUGGAGUUGGCAGGGAGUGAACCUGGAAACCCGAGCAGGGUCUUUCUACCUACAGCUCUUCUGAGAAGACUGUUGUUCCCUGUCUCAAACCUGAACGCUUCUCUUGAAGAGGCUUGUGUGUUCUCUCAGCAAGCUUAGUGUGUUGUGACCCUUCCUUAAGAGCAUUGCAUGGGGGCCGGGCAAUAAAA